GCUGCGCUGCGCUACGCUACGCUCCGCGAUGAGGCCGUGCCCGCCGGCGGCGGCAGCGGCGCGCGCGCGAGCGUGAGGGCGCCGCCGCCGGAGCUGCUGCGUCCGCCAAGAUGGCGUGCGUGCUGGAGGCGCCGCUCCGCAUGAGCGUCCUCUCGGAGGUAACGGCUAGUAGCCGCCACUAUGUUGAUAGAUUAUUUGACCUCGAUCCUCAGAAAGUCCUGCAAGGUGUCAUAGAUAUGAAAAAUGCUGUAAUUGGAAACAACAAACAAAAAGCCAACUUGAUUGUUUUGGGAGCAGUUCCAAGGUUGCUGUAUUUACUUCAGCAAGAAACCUCCAGCGCAGAACUGAGAACAGAAUGUGCAGUGGUCCUCGGAAGCCUUGCAAUGGGUACAGAGAAUAAUGUCAAAUCCCUACUAGACUGCCAUAUUAUCCCAGCCUUAUUGCAAGGAUUACUGUCGCCAGAUUUGAAGUUUAUUGAAGCUUGCCUGCGGUGUCUCCGUACCAUUUUCAUCAGUCCUGUAACUCCAGAGGAUCUACUAUAUACGGAUGCUACAGUUAUCUCCCACCUCAUGGCACUGCUCAGUAGGUCUCGAUAUACACAAGAAUACAUAUGUCAGAUCUUCUCACAUUGCUGCAAACUUCAACACUGGCAUAGCUGCGGCUUUAAAUCAUUGCCUCAGCCACUUCUGUGUGCCAAUGGUCCAGAUCACCAGACAAUCUUAUUUAACCAUGGAGCUGUUCAGAAUAUCGCACAUCUGUUAGUCUCCACCUCCUACAAAGUUCGAAUGCAAGCAUUGAAAUGCUUCUCAGUUCUAGCCUUUGAAAACCCCCAGGUAUCAAUGACUCUUGUAAAUGUGUCGGUUGAUGGAGAAUUGUUACCGCAAAUUUUUGUGAAGAUGUUACAAAGGGACAAGCCUAUUGAAAUGCAGCUCACAUCAGCCAAAUGCCUUACUUCCAUGUGCAGAGCUGGAGCAAUACGGACAGAUGAUUCUUGCAUCGUUCUUAAGACUCUGCCAUGUUUGGUUCGAAUGUGUAGUAAGGAAAGACUGCUGGAGGAGCGAGUGGAAGGAGCAGAAACACUGGCCUAUUUGAUUGAAACAGAUGUGGAGCUCCAGAGAAUUGCCAGCAUUACCGACCACCUCAUUGUCAUGCUUGCUGACUACUUCAAGUAUCCCAGCUCAGUGAGUGCAAUCACUGAUAUCAAGAGGCUUGACCAUGAUUUGAAGCAUGCCCAUGAACUGCGCCAGGCUGCUUUCAAGCUCUAUGCUUCCCUGGGAGCAAAUGAUGAAGAUAUUAGAAAAAAGAUCAUUGAGACUGAAAAUAUGAUGGACCGUAUUGUUAAUGGCUUGUCUGAAUCUAGUAUCAAGGUGCGAUUAGCUGCAGUCAGAUGUUUGCACAGUUUGUCCCGUUCUGUACAGCAGCUCAGGACAAGUUUUCAGGAUCAUGCUGUAUGGAAACCUUUAAUGAAGGUUUUACAGAAUGCUCCAAAUGAAAUUCUUGUAGUAGCAUCUUCCACGCUAUGCAAUCUUCUUCUGGAAUUCUCUCCAAGCAAGGAGCCUAUUUUAGAAUCGGGAGCCAUAGAACUUCUAUGUAGUUUAACACAGAGUGAAAAUCUUGCCUUGCGGGUGAACGGCAUUUGGGCUUUAAUGAAUAUGGCAUUUCAAGCAGAACAGAAGAUCAAAUCAGACAUCUUACGAGGUCUGAGUACAGAGCAGUUAUUCCAGUUGCUUUCUGAUUCUGAUGUAAAUGUUCUGAUGAAAACUUUGGGACUGCUCAGGAAUCUUCUAUCUACUCGCCCACACAUAGACCAUAUAAUGAGCACUCAUGGGAAGCAAAUCAUGCAAGCAGUGACCCUUAUUCUGGAAGGGGAGCACAAUAUAGAAGUCAAAGAACAGACAUUAUGUAUACUUGCCAAUAUAGCAGAUGGAACAACAGCAAAAGAACUGAUUAUGACCAAUGAUGACAUCCUGCAGAAAAUCAAAUACUACAUGAGUCAUUCAAAUGCUAAACUUCAACUUGCUGCCAUGUUCUGUAUAUCUAAUCUCAUAUGGAAUGAAGAAGAAGGUUCACAAGAACGCCAAGAUAAACUACGAGACAUGGGAAUAGUAGAUAUUCUACAUAAAUUGAGUCAGUCAUCGGAUCCAAAUCUGUGUGACAAGGCGAAGACAGCACUCCAGCAGUAUCUUGCAUGAUCAAAGACUAAUUGAAUAUAUGGACACCCCUCAUGUCUACUUAAGGAAUAGCAGGAGAUAUUCCUGACUCCUUAUAUUUGCACAAGUCACCUUGGGCUGCAUUUUUCUCAGGUGCAGGGAGCUGCUUUGCAGAAACAGUUUAAAUGAUCAGGUCUCCAGUGCACUUGAGAAUUUUCUUGAGGUAGUUCCUUUACUCAGAGGACUCUUGGGGGGUUGUUUUGGUUUUUUGGGUUUUUUUUUCCUGAGCUACCUGGACUUUCAGAUAGAACAAUCAGUCAUCGUUUUCCUUUUGGGCCUACAAUUUUCUGCUUUUGCUGCAGCCUGCGUGUGUGGAUGUGUGUGGGUGUGCUAGAGUGUGUGCGUGUGCUUGGGUGAAUGUGUGUGGGUGUGAUACCUCAAUUUUGUUUUUCUUUUUUUUGUGUGAAAAUCUUUUUCUACAGGUUUUCAAGGGUUAACCAUUGUUUGCUGUACGAAUACUUCAAUGAAUUAUAUACAGUUUGAAUGAAAUGUUAUUUAAAAAAAAAAAAACAAACUGUUGUAUCCCAUAAAGUUUAUUUUGAAUUUUGAACAGAUGAAUGUUUUUAAGUAAAAUAUAUGCAUUUCUGAACUUCAGCUUAACUUAACAUUAUACUUCCUUUUUAAAGAGAAAAAUAGAGGGAGACAGUAGACCCCAAAUUAUAAGCAGCGGAUUCUGUACUGGUAAGGUCCAAGAGUUUUUUUUACUGCCAUACAAGGUCACCUGGUACUGAUGACGUGCUCAAAUCCAUGGAAUGGGUCAACUGGAUUGUUUUGGGUUUCUUUAUGUUUUUAGAAGAAAAGCUCAUAUUUCAGAGUUAGUGUGACUGUUGACUUUUUUUCUGGAAAGGAACAGGUGGCUGCAAUAUCAGCAGGCAUAAGCUAUUGCUUUAGUAGCCAAGAACUUGCUCAGAUAAUUGCUGAAGGAUUAGCUUAUUUCACUGGUGAUAAAUAUUUGCUGAUCACUAAUAUCAAUAGAGCAAACAGUAUGUUGCAGAAGUUAUACUUUCAAGAGACCAGAAGGAGCUGGCAAGCAGUGAUUAAGGGAUUGCUUUUGUUUUGCAUCCCUUACCUCCAGAUACAGUGAAAGUGACUUACAUAUUAUUUCCAUGAAAGAUCAGCUGGGUGCAUUAAGUUGGGAAAGGGAUGGAAAAAUUGGGUUUGUUUUUUGUUUGGUUUGUUUUGUUUUGUUUUUUAGCUCAGUGAUGUUGCUACAGAUUUUGUGUAUAUAUGCAGAUAUACACACUUGCAUGGAUUUGGAUACCUGGAUAAUAAGCAAUGGGAUUUUACUGCGUUCAGAAGCCUAGAUUGUCCAUAAGUUCCUGAAAUUGUGCCUGUAAGUGUGGAGAAAAAAAUAUGAGUACAAAUGAAGACAACUGCGUAAGGUUAGGCUGGAAUAGGAGACCCCAGUGGCUUCACAUUCAAAUAUGCAUAGAAACAAAUGAGGGCAGCAAGGAGCUCUCCUUCAUGCAGUUCAGGGUUCUUGCUUUCUUCCCGUCUACUUUCUGAUUUCAGUUUAGACCAUAGUUUUAAUAGUCAGAAUCUCCAGACACUAUAUUUACAUAGCACUAACAGGGAUGCUAAAGAUUGCAGCCGAUGUCUUAAACCAAAUCUUUCUUUUGUUACGUUCAGCUUCAGGAGGGCUGCAGCAAGAAGAGAGGUCUGUAACUUUGCUAACCAAUUUUGAUAAGUAUCUUAAUCUUUUAUUUCUAAUCAGAAGGUCAAAUUGUGAUAGCCUUACUUUUUUCCAAGGUAACUACUUGUGUCAGAAAACGUGACCACAGUUUGGCCUGGAAUUUGAAUGUGCUGUGUAUCAGAUAACUGUUAUCACUUGGUUGCAAAGGAGAAUAUAUACAUUUCAUGUAACUUCUUCCACUCUUGAAAGAUAAAUAAAAGUGAGCACCUGACACUUUUUCCCCAGGCAUUGCAGUAAGUGACUGGCAGUUUUUUAAUGUCCUUCUGCAAAUUUUUCAUGAUGGACUUUGGGGGCUGAACAAAAGGGAGAGUAAAAAUAUGUGAGAACUUGAUAAAUAUCAGUACCUCAGAAGUGAAGUCUUCUUUAUAAAAUUUAAUCAAAUAUAUUUUUGCUUGAACUGAGAAAAAAGUUCUGAGGCAAGUAGUAUAAAUGCAAAACUGUACAACGUGCAUCUGACUUCUAAAUUUGCACUCCUGCUGUGUACAUUUAGGAGCUCAAGUUCUUACAUAUCUCUUCUUGUCCUCCCCCAAUUCACGUUUCUAAAAGCAAAUCUGAGUUUGAUUCUAUAAAACUUCGGUGCCUAAAGGUGUUCAGAAAAAAGGUGAGUAAGUAUCUGUGAACAAGUUUUGAGGUGGUUUCCUAAAAUUCUACCAGAAAACCUAAAAAACAAUGCUCAGACAAUCUUGUUGCUGCAUGAGAACAGUUGACAUUUUUCGUGGAUAUUGAUAGGACAAACUGUUGGAUGAGAACAUUUUUACAUUCAGUUAAGCUUUGUGAAUAAUUUUUGAUGUUGCUAUAGGUAUGUACAAAAAGAAGAAUACUGUAAAUAAAAAGAAUUUUACCAGAA